AGUUGCCCGUGCACAUUCACGCACGUACAUACACACGUGCGUGGGGGGCCUGUCAUGUGUGGAUGUCAUGCGGACGUGUCUGAACGUGUCCGCCGCCGCCGUCGCCGCCACCGUUGCAAUCUGUUGACGUUACCGGACCCGGUGGUGGUCGAGGCCCUCGGGACACGCGCGCACGUGGUGAAAGCUGAGAGGAUGCUGCGAUGUCAGCACGCAGACGUCACGUCGUAGGGCCCGUGGCGAAUCGCGACCUUGCGGGCUCGGGCGGCUCGCGACACUAUCACGAUGGAGACGGGGCGAGCGGCAGAUUGUUGAGCGAGGAGGCGGUCGAUUCCGAGGAUAGCGAGCAAUCGGCGACGACGACGACGACGACGAUGACAUCCCGUGACAGGACCAACGAGUUCGCCAACGCGAUCCGCUCCAUGCAGAGCAGGACCGUGGCGCGCACCGCCGCGAGCCUGCAGAAUCCGCGCCGCGCACGCCAGAUACAGAGCUACUCGAACUUUAUGAUGAUUGCCAAGAACAUCGGCAAGAACAUCGCCAGCACGUACGCCAAGCUGGAGAAGCUCGCCCUAUUGGCCAAGAAGAAGUCUAUAUUCAACGACCGGCAAUUGGAGAUUGAGGAGCUGACGAAUAUUAUAAAAACCGACCUAAAAAGCCUGAACCUUCAAAUCGGAAAACUGCAGGAACUCGGAAAGUCUCAGAGAGAAAGCUUCGGCUCCUCCCAGAGUCAUCACAUCGCUUCGCAUUCCUCCUCGAUUGUAAUGGCAUUGCAAUCGAAACUGGCCAAUAUGUCUAAUCACUUCAAAAGUGUCUUGGAAGUUCGCUCCGAGAAUAUGAGAGAGGAGCAAACUAGGAGACAGCAGUUCACUCAAGGCUCUCUGUCCACUAUGCUCCCGCCGAGUGUUGUUUCUGGGAGGCAAGGUUCUUUGUUGCUACAAGAAGAGAUUUCUAGCUCUAGUUCAGUUGCGAUAGAUCUUGAACCUGCGAUGAAUCAGCAGUUACAACAGAUUAUACAAGAUGACACUGACGCGUACAUGCAAUCAAGAGCCGAAACGAUGCAAAACAUAGAAUCCACUAUAGUUGAGUUAGGAGGCAUUUUCCAGCAAUUGGCGCAUAUGGUUAAGGAACAAGAAGAGAUGGUUGAAAGGAUAGACAGCAAUAUAGAAGACACCGAGCUAAACGUGGAAGCUGCACACACCGAAAUACUGAAGUAUUUUCAGGCUGUGACAAGCAAUAGAUGGCUAAUGAUAAAGAUAUUCGCGGUCCUCAUAUUUUUCUUUAUAGUUUUCGUAUUAUGUUUAGCAUAACAGUAUCGAUAAUUGUAUUUAUAAUAUCAUUACACUUUAUCAUCCAUAUCCAUUGUUUGUGAUAUUUAAAAAAAAAGGCAGAGAAAGAGAAAAUGGUUUUUACAAAGCUACGACACAUACAGGCUAAAAUGAAAGAUAUUGCGCGCAUUCCUCGCCCUUUCCCUGGAUUGUGAAUAUUGUAAGUACAUUUAGAUAUUACAUUACAUGUAUAUCUCGCAUUUCGCUGAAUAUAAAAUGUAAAAAGGAAAUAUUUCUAUAGAUAAUAAAUGCAUAAUUUUCAUUUUUUGGGGCAAACGAUUUUACAAGUGAAUUAAAGAUUGCGUUUUAUAAGGAACAUAAGCAACGAAAAUAAAAAACUAAUUUGUA